UAACCCAUGGUUCAACAUGUUCGCUGUUGUGUCGAGAAUCGAGACAAACUGUUGAACGAUUAACAAGCUUUCCGUAAUAUUAUGAGUAACUGACGGAAUACGAGCGAAAAUGUUGAAAACGUUGAAAUGUGGACAAAGAGCUUACUGCAGAAUUCAGAAAUCUCUGAUACAGAGGCGAACGUUCCUGUCUGAAGCGUACCGGUGCGAGGAAGCGUGGAAAGAUAGAUUCAAAUUUCCUUUACUACGAAACGUUAAACCAGAAAAUUUGUUCAUAGACUUGGACCACAAACAAUCCACCACUGGUAAAAUAAGUGCGAUCGACAUCGACAUAUUCGCGAAUACCGUAAAGGAGCAAUUUCAAAUAGAGGAACUGUUAACUUUAGUUCAUAAUUUGAGGUUAACCGCUGAAACGUCGAACACCUUAGAGUCGACUCACCACGCUGUCAUAAGAUAUUUGUUGGACAUUGACUGCACAGAAGAUCUUAUAAACGUGUUGCACGACAGACUAAAUUAUGGCAUUUUUCCCGACUACUUAUGUUACAAUAUACUUAUGGACACAUACAUAAAAAGAAAAGAUUAUGCUACCGCAGCAAAAAUUGCUGUUUUACCUAUGCUACAAGAAGAUUCAGGGAAUCCGAUAACUAACGCAUUGUGCGUGUACUGUUGUCACAAACAUUUGGAGAGUCCUGAAAAGUGGCAGAAGCCAGAGGUUCCAGUAGAUGAUUCCAAAGAAGAAAUUAAAGUGCGCGUUAGCUAUCUCAGGAAUCCUUACUUUGAUGAUCAUUUUGAUCUUACUGACCCACGUGAUUUGGUGGGAAAAACGUUAGCUUUUUAUGGAAAGUUUAUGAAUAAUACAUUAGGACGAACUUGUCAGUUAAGAGGUUUAAUAUUAUAUAAAAAGUAUGAUGAUAUCUCGAAGCUAAUAGAACAGUGGUUGAAGGAAGUAAAAGAUAAUGUAGUUUACGAAGAAGUUCUUGAUUUGAUAAAAAAGGAUAAUGAAAGUCUAUCCGAAGAGCAAGUAACAGAUGAAUUUAAGAAUGUAAUGUCCCAAGUUGAGAAAUUACGAGCUGUAAAUCUGUGUAAAGAUAGUUUAAUUGAAGCAUUGGAGAAUGAAGUUAAAUCGGCAGUUGACAAGCAAUCAGAGAUAGAUAUAAGCGAACAAUUACAGAAAUAUAUUCAUUGGGGAGAAGUAAGAGAAAUAGUGUUACAAGAUCAAUUAAAAGAAAUAGAACGACAAAAGAGCAUAGAAAAUUUAACUGUAUUGAAGAAAGCAUUGGAGGACGAAGAAAAACUUAUAACAUUCUUUGAGAAUGAGGAAAAAAUAGAAUUGGAAAUAGAGAAAAUAGAAAAGAGGGAACAAGAUGAGAUGGAUCGUGUUCUUAAAAUGCAUAAAGCUGAAAAGAAACUUAAGAAAUUGGAGAAAGAAGAAGAGUACAUACCGCCAACUAUUGCAAAACAGAAGUUAAAUUUCUGAUGUCAUCGUAAACAAUGAAUACAAUUUUGUAGUUAAUAACUAUUUAAUAAAAUGUAUGUUGACAUAAAUUGUUUGUGGGAGGAUAAUAAUGAUCAGCAGUUAUUCUCUCCAAAUUUGCUCCAACAUUUUUCGUAGAUUCGGAAUCGAUCUUUAAAAAAAAUAUACGAUAUUUAGAAAAUAUUACGUUUCGUUGUUUAAUGUAAAUUCGAAGUUAUUCCAGU